UUUCCAGCUGCUGCAGUGCAGUUCAUUGAAUAGCUUUGAGUCUGUACGACGUAUUCUGUGCUAAGAAUCUAUAACCAUAUAGCACGAUAGAGAGUUGUGCUAUAAUUUUUCCUAGGGUAUUGAAGGAGGAAAUUGAAAAAUUGAUAAUAUCCUACCAAAGAGUAUCUAUAUAUGUGCAGUAUAUUUGACGGCUAGAAAAAAGAAAAGUGAUUGAUAAAUUUGGAUAAGAGAGUUUCUGAAUUUGGUGUUAUAAAAGGCAAAUUUUCAUGCGAAAUUCUCUCAAACGCGAGAUUCACAAUUUAAUAUACAUUCGUGAAGUGAAAACUCAUUUUAUUGAUUUGUGUCUCUCUCGGUAGAGGCUUUCAAUUCCUCUUCCAUUGUGUAGUCGUGUCUGGAUAGUCCCUUUGUAACUGAUAAAUAAAAGUCUUUUUCGUGGUUGUUUGAUAUUUAUUUUAAAUUUUGUUUCUAACAAAAUCUGUAAAACAUUUUUAAAUUGAAGGAGGAAAAGCAAGUGAAAGAAUUUUUAAUUUUGGAAUUGCAGUGAAAUAAUUGUGUGAUUGGAUAGGGAAUUAGAGCAUACAUAAAGGAGAGAGAAAGAGAAAAAUAAAAUUAAAAUCGAGACAUUUUCCAAAGGUUUUUCUUACUGUGGUGUAUUAUUUGUUCGAGAGAUUGCAAGGAAGAAGAGUAGAAAAGAGGCCGGUGGAGGCUGUGUUGAGCAAGAAAAAUUAAUUAAAUAUCGUAUAAUUUGUGUGAUAUUCCAGUUGGGAAACGUUACACUGAGGUCGACAGAGAAACGCAAUUUAGCGCUCCAUCUUAUGGUGGGCGCUCCAUUGCCGGAAGCACCCGGCAUUUUCUACGAAACACCAGUACUAAAAGGGACGACACCUCCAUCUCCCUCCAUCACAAGAAAUCAUCGUGGCAGAUCGUGCAUGAUUUCUCAUAGGCGGUGUUUAAGUCAUAGGACUUCAAAAUUUUCCAGCAAUAGACAUCGAAAAUUGCAGCCAUUCAGAGAAACGUGAGACCCCAAAAAAGGGAAAUAAAGUCUCAAUAAUACACAUUACACAUAAAAAUCAAUAGCAUCUCCACGCGCACUUUGAAUGCGUAAUUUUUUAUUUACAAAGAAAAACAAAUUAUAAUUACUCUGGGAGAGAAAAAAAGGAAAAGCAAAAGCGGAAAGAGUGCUACGGGAAGAGUACGCUGGAGCUGAAGAAGGAAAUUGAUAUUCAAGGAUUGAAAAUUGAAUUUGAAAGAAAAAGAGGAAAAGGUUUGACAAUAUCUCCAGGAGAAAAAGAAAAGAAAUAAUAAGUAGCAGUGAAGGAAAAGCCUAAAGGAAAUUUCUUGCAAGAUAGGAAGAGAGAUCAAAGAAAAAUCUCUUUCUUUCGCACAAAAAAAAAAAACGAUUAAAUUUUUUGAAAUUGUUUUUGGGCAAUUGAUUUUGACAAUUUGAAAAUCGGAAGCAGAAAAAGGAGAAUUCCUCUCUUCAUAUGCAUAUACUAUUAGUAGGGUCGUCAAAAUCGACGGAAUUUGCUGAAAAUUUCACAUUUCAAUUCUUGUGCAAGAUUGAUUUGUUUCAUCACAACAAGCAUUCUAUAAGAUUUGGAAAAGAAAUCAUACCAUAUGGUAAUAACAGUGGCGGUGGACAUUGAUUCAGUCAUCUUCAGGAGGAUACCGCAAAAGCUAAUGCAUUCAACUGAUUGUCCCAAUUGAGUGAGAAGAGAGGAUAACGUGAUUUCUGUCGAAAACACUGAGAAAAAAGGGAAAUUUUAAGUCUCGAAAAAAUUGUCACUAACAUCGUACACCUAUCCACUCGAGACAAAAUCCAGGAGAUCUUUAAAAUUUGGUGUUACUGAAUUAUAUCUCAGAAAUUGAUUGUAUUUGAGGACAGAAAAAUUUCCCAAAGAAUAUCAUCUCCAGAUUAAAUUGGAAGAGAGAUAGCCAUCAAGAUGGGUACUGUAAAUGUGAAUCGCAAUGUAACGGAUGCCUUCUAUCGCUACAAGAUGCCACGCAUCAAUGCGAAGGUGGAGGGUAAGGGAAAUGGGAUAAAGACGGUGAUUGUGAAUAUGGCUGAGGUGGCAAAAGCUCUUGGGCGUCCAGCAACGUAUCCAACAAAGUAUUUUGGAUGUGAAUUGGGUGCUCAGACUCAGUAUGAUACGAAGAAUGAACGUUUCAUCGUCAAUGGAUCCCAUGAUGCUGCUAAGUUGCAGGAAUUGCUGGAUGGAUUUAUCCGGAAGUAUGUAUUGUGUCCGGAAUGUGACAAUCCUGAGACGGAGUUGUUGGUGUCAGCGAAGAAGGGAACAAUUUCGCAGGGUUGUAAGGCUUGUGGUUUUCAUGGGCCACUUGAGGUUAAUCACAAGGUGAACACGUACAUCUUGAAGAAUCCACCAAAUAUGAAUCCGGCUGCCCAGGGAGCCUCCCUUACUGAGGGUAAGCGUAGCAAGCGUUCCAAGAAGACCGUGGAGAAUGGAACUGCUGGUGAGGGCAGCAAUAACACGUCAGCUGCUGCUGGAGCUGCAGGUGAUGCUGAUGGAUCAAAUGCCAGCGUUGGGGAUAUUGCUGUGGAACCGCCAGAGCCUGGUGCUGAGGAGGAUGACAACACUUGGACAGCUGAUGUGUCCGAGGAGGCGGUCAGGGCACGUAUGCAAGAUCUCACUGAUGGUGCCAAGUGCAUGACAAUAUCCAAUGAUACGGAGAAGAGUGAACGUGAGCGUCUUGAUAUAUUCUACGAGUUGGUGAAGAAGCGUCGCGAUGCUGGAGAAUUGGACAAUGUUCAGGUGCACAAAGAUCUUGUGGCUGAAGCUGAUCGUCUGGAUAUUCAGCAGAAAGCACCACUUGUACUGGCAGAACUCCUCUUCUCGGCCAAUAUCAUUGCUGAGGUGCGCAAGAAUAGGAAUCUCCUCUUGCGCUUCACACACAAUAACCUCAAGGCACAGCGCUACUUGAUGGGUGGCAUUGAGCAGAUUAUCUCUCUCCAUGCGGCCACUUUGAUGAAUAAGGUUGCCGUAAUUCUCAAGCUCUUCUAUGACAGUGACAUUUUGGAGGAGAAGACGAUCCUUGAGUGGGCCUCAAAGGUGAGCAAGAAGUAUGUGUCCAAGGAGGUGUCAACUCAGAUUCAUGAGAAGGCACAGCCAUUUGUCAAGUGGCUCCAGGAGGCCGAGGAGGAGGACUCCUCUGAAGAGGAUGAUUCUGAUGUGGAGAUUGAGUACGAUGACCGUGCAAAGGGUGAGCUGCGCAAGGAGGUAACACCAGCGGCCAAAGCAGCGGCUAAGAAGGAUGACGAUGAUGAUGGCGAGGAGAUUGAUAUCGAUGAAAUUUAAUUGGGAGCAGGGAUAAAUGUGAAAAAAUACAGCUAAAGAGAAUGAUAAUAAAAAAAAAUCAAUUUGCAGGCCGAAGAAGAUGAAUGCUUAUCAAGAAAAAAAAGAAACACUUUUAUUUUCUACAUUAUUACCCUCUACUAUUAAUCACCAAGUUUUAAUUAUUCGCCUAUAUUGUAAAAGGAAAUUGUCUUGAUAAUCAAAUGGGAAAGUCCUCGAAUGAGAGUGAAUUUAAUUGGAAGCUGUAAAAUUAACUCUUAUACUCAAGUUCAAAAUUCAUCACAGGCUUUUCAAGAGGAAUUUUUUUUGCAAUACAUUCAGCAUUAAUACCCAAUUUAUAUGACAAUUUUUACCAGAAAAAAAGGAAAUAAACAGAAAACUGAGAAAUAUUGAUACAAUUUUGCAAAAUAAACAGCUUAUUUGAAGAUCUUAAUAUGAAAUCACACAGCAAUUACGGAGAGGAUUGUGAAUGAUGAAUUUAUUGGAAGAAAAUAUUGAGGAAAUAGUGAAAGGAAAGAAAUAGACAAAAAACAAAAUUAUGGGGAGUGAAAGGAAAAUUCCUAUUAUGAUGACUUGAGGAGGAGAAAAAAAAUUGUAGAGAGUGAAAUUGUGAGAGGACAAUUUUCAGAGUUUAUUUUCCUUCAUUCUUUAUUCCCAAAUAAAUGAAAUUAAAAAUAAAA